AUGUAUCGAUCAUCAAUUCUUCUAUUUCUUCUUAUUACUAUUUUAAUGAUAUCAUUUACAAAUGGAAAGAAUAUAACAGAUCAAAAACAACAACAACCAUCAAUAUCUACACAUAAACCAGUUAGUAUUAAAAUAUGUGGUUUAGCUUUAAUUCGUAUGCUUGAUAUGGUAUGUACAAAAGCAAGACAAUUAUUAAUGAAGAAUGGAAUAUUAUCUUCGUCAUCACCACCACAAGCUAAAAGACAAUUUAAUAUUGAAGACGAUCCAUAUUCACGUACAGUUUCAGUUACUGACUAUUCACAAUUUAAUGAUACCUUGGUUGGUGAUUGUUGUCUUCAAGCUUGUACAUUGAAAAUAUUAUUAAAAUAUUGUUAA